AUGUACAUAAUUGUGGAAUUUGAGGAAGAAGGGACAACUGGACCAGCUGCAAAGUCCUGGUAUGCAGAUGGCUAUUCUUGGUGGCCACCAUAUAAGGACAUUGAUAGGAUCCUUAAGUGUGUUAGAGUAAUGGAGGCACCACAGCCAGACAAAGGGUGGACACGACAUAAGGCACGAAUUCUGCAUGAAUCAGCAUCUUUUCAGAAUGUUGCUAGCAAUUGGAAAAAGGCCAGCUACACAUCAGAUAUUAAUUCGGAAUCUGAAAUCCCAGAAAAAAGAUCUCACAAAAGAAAAACCUUCUCCGAUUUCAUGUGUUCCUCAGAAGACGAGGUACAAGAACCUCAACAACAAAAAAAAAGAAAAACGAUACACAAAGGAAGUGUUGCACCCGCACCCAAACCUCCAGCAGUACCUAAACGCCCCAAGAAAAAAGAUCCUGUUGCACAACCUCCUGUCAACAAAAUCAACAAAUCAUUUGUCAAUCAGCAAAAUUGGACAAGAAAAGAACAACAACAGACGAGGUGUCAGAGUGUACCCAGUUUUAAAGCUCAAGUAGGCAUCUCUCAGGCAGAACAUACUAAAGAUGGCAGGAAUGUUGAUCUACCCAACACACAAGACGAGACCUAUUGUGUCCAGAGACACUCAGGGGACCAACAAGAAAGAACACAAAAUGUAACAAGUGCAACUUAUCAACCUACUCCACCUUUCUCAGCUCCAGUGGGCAUCACUCAGGCAGACCAUCACAGCUGGAGUGUUGAUCCACCUAACACUCGAGAACACACUUUAUCAGUUCUAAGUCCCUUGGGGAACCAACAAGAACGAACACCAAAUGUUACAAGUGCAACUUAUCAACCUACAUCAACUCUGUCAGCUCCAGUGGGUGUCUCUCGACAUCACGACUGGAGUGUUGAGCCACCUUACACACAAGAGCACACAUUUUCUUUCCUGAGACCCUCAGGGGAGCACCAAGAAAGAACACAAAACGUAACAAGUGCAACUUACCAAUCUACUCCACCUCUGUCAGCUCCAGUGAGUGUCUCUCAGCAUCAUGACUGGAGUGUUUAUCCACCUAACACACAAGAGCACACCUUUUCUGUCCUGAGACCCUUAGGGGAGCACCAUGAAAGAACACAGACUCCAGUGGGCAUCAUUCAGGCAGACCAUCACAGCUGGAGUGUUGAUCCACCUAACACUCGAGAACACACUUUAUCAGUUCUAAGUCCCUUGGGGAACCAACAAGAAAGAACACCAAAUGUAACAAGUGCAACUUAUCAACCUACUCCACCUUUCUCAGCUCCAGUGGGCAUCACUCAGGCAGACCAUCACAGCUGGAGUGUUGAUCCACCUAACACUCGAGGUACUUCUGGCAUGAGUCCGGCACCAUUUCAAUGUACAACUGUUGAAAGGGCAAUUCUGGAAACAAUAGAGAAAAUGGACAUGAAGAUCAACCAUUUGACUUCACUGGUCCAGUCUCUAUUGGGAAACAGGCGCGUUGUACCCCAAAUGCAAAUGGAUGAAGAGGAGGAAGGUGGUGUCUUUCCUUUAGCAUCCAUUGCAGACCUAGACAGGCUAGAACAAAACCUAGCAGACAAAGGGUUUAUGCAGAGAAUGGUGAACAGACUAUCAAUCAGCGGUGGGCCAAAUAUGAAGAAGACAGUAUGGAGAAUUUGCUCCAAGGUGUUCACCAGGGAUGUUGCCCGGCAACUGAAUUGGUGUGGUAGGGGAGACAAAAGAGGAAUCCGUAAGACAAAUAUUGGUGCCCUCUUAAUAGCCUCAGCUAUGAGGAAUCCGGUCCUUUUGUCCCCAACUGAAGCGGACGCAGAAAAAAUCAUCAAAGAUUUCCUACGCUUGGCCCCAGGGAGGGUGUAAUUGUUGUUUUAUAUGUUUUGAAGUCAUGUUUGUUAUGACAAAAGUGUAGUGUUGUUUACAUUUAAUAUUAUAUUUAAUAUGGUGUUCAAGUUAAAAUAGUUUCUUUACCUAUUAUUAAAAUAGGCAAAUGCAUGUAUUAUUUUAAGUUAAGAAUAGUGUGGUUUACUUCCUGAUGAACAUGUUCUGUAAUUGUAACAUGCAUAUGGAAAUAUUUUGUGCAAUAAUUUGUAGAUAGACAGUGCAACAUUGUUUUAUAAAAAUAAUUGUGUUAAUGGGAGAGGAAAAUUAAAAUACAAUGAUGCCUGCAGUGCAAUCAGACAUCUCACAGGCAUAUAAACGUCUUAUUGACAUCUUUAAAAAGAUCAGCUUGGCAUUGUUCUAAAUAACUAACAACACCAUCAUAAAAAAGCACACAAUGUGUUUAAAGAGCGUUUCAGUAGCUAAAUGUAUAAGUCAAAGCCUGCAGUGCAUCCCUCUAAACGCUCUAUAAAGCGGACACCUGUUUGCUGUCCAACUAAACUAAAACAAUGUUAAUUACAUAAACAUUGAAUAUCUUUAGUAAGGGAGGCCUUUGUGUGCAUAACAAAGGCAACUUACUUGAUCCAGCAUUCCCAGCUCUUGUGAGCAUCCUUCAUGCAGAUCCUUAUGCAAAUGGUUUACAUGCUGAUCCACCUAACAUGCAAGGUAAAAGAGCACUUAAUUAGCAUAAUGAGGAAGGAAAUAGAAACAUGAUAUUCAUGGUAUUUAAAACAACACAACACUUGGCAAUACUAAAUUUUCUGUUCAAUCCAUAGAGCACUUAUUUUGAGUCUCCCCAGAGUGACCACCAAGGACAAAUACGGCCUCCAGUGGGUGUCUCUAAAGCAGAUCCAGAUGCAGGUGGUUGGAGUGUUGAUCCACCUCCAACAAAGAGCAUUAAUUAGCACAUUGGGGGAGCAAACAGGAACAAUUUUAAAUUUUCAUAACAUUGUCACAAACAACAUAACACUAGAUAUUACAUUGUUAUAUUACAUGUUAACGUUUGAUUCAGAGAACACUUUCUGUCUCGAGACCCUCAGCUGAUAAUUCAGAAACAAUACAGGAAGUUAACAAAAACUGACAUUAGUUUUUAUAAUAACAUAGCUGAAUAUAUAGCUGAACACUGGACAUUUAAGAUUUGUUAGUCUUUUAGUUGGUUAAAACCAAAACUACCCCAAAAAAUCCUUUAAAAUCAGCACCCCUAGUUAAUUUGGACUCUAAAACAUUUGCCGCAUAAACCUUAAGCCUCAUUCAGACACCCAGCGACUUUCUCGCUGUGUGUACCUUGUCUCUUUUAAUAAACGUUUCUAAAUCUGUUUGUAAUAAAUAAAUGAGUACCGUCUACUGCUGUAACUGACGAGAGAACAAUGACACGAAUUCCACAGCUUUUUUGCUUAUUGGUAGUUGCUCCCGAAAUUCGCUCAUCAUUUGCGUAAAGUUAAACUUUUUUAACUUUCUCGCGUUGCUGGACACUUUCGCUCUGAGUGCCGGAAGUUGCCAAGCUUUUAUUGAAAUGAACAAGAUUGUUUCGCUCUGCUACUCCUGGUCGCUGGAUGUCUGAAUGGGACAUUAGAGCUUGUUUCUUGCUAAAUGUAACAAAUUGUCACAUUGUGUGCUCAUGAUGAUGUUAUGUCUGGUUUUCUGUCAGGGUUGGACAUGGAAGAGAGAGAUGGGAUAAAG